AUGCCAGACAAUGCCAAGAUAUUGUUAGAUCGCUGUGUCGUCAAGAGCGAUGAUAAACCUCAAUCGCUUGACUAUCAAAUAACAUACGAUUUUUUCUUGCUGGAGCCAACAGGUAUGUUUUUGUAAUGAAUUAAUUAUUUAUUUAUUUAACCACGUUAUGUUUAGAAGCACGUAAAUAGUUUGUGCAUAGCCGUGUAUCUGACAAACUAUCUUUUUAAUUUAGGCUUCGAAAUGUUCCUUAGUAAUUUUUUUACCUGUUCAUGGUUUCAUGUUGUGUAUUUUGUCACCUGUCUUUUCCAUUAUUCAAGGUUCCAAGCCACCCAUGUUUGAUGGCCUCCAAGCGAUCAUUGAUAACAACGACGAACAAUGUUUGACUCACAAACUCUGCAAGAAAUAUUUCAGCGUUAAAUGGCGAGAAAAAGAAUGUUAUUUAUAUCUGGCAUAUCUUUUUAUCUAUCUUUGUUUUCAUGUUUUGUUUAAUGUUCGUGUUGCGUUGGUUUGUCGGUGCUAUAACACGUCAGAUGCAGAGUCAGAGAGUAAGUCGUUGGGUCCAUUGGAGUAUGUUUUGUUUUGUAUUUAACAAUCAUUGAAUUUAGUUUUCCCACGAUAUGAAGAAUUAUGAAGAAGUUCGGUUCUUAAGACUGAGUUUGAUAACACAAACUGUGGGCUUGAUAAUUAUUCAUAUCAUGCGAAAACCAAAUUCAGUAAUUGUUUUAUUAUCUAUUUAAAAGAUGAAAUGAUCAAUUUGUUUCAGUUUCAGUAAAUAACUAUUUAAUUUAAUGUAUUUUAUGAAAAUAUUUUCUCUGAAAAAGAUCCAAGCUUACGGAUCGAAUGCUUUGUUAAAUAAAUCUCAAUGUUUUCCAAAAAACAAAACUAUUGUCGUUUAACUUUCUAGAUACAACAUCCAACAAUGUUACUAUGUUAAACAAUUUUACCAUGUUAAACAAUGUUACCAUGUUAAACAAUGUUACCAUGUUAAACAAUGUUACCAUGUUAAACAAUGAUACCAUGGUAACAAGCUCAAACUACGUCAAACCUGACCAGGCAAGACUUAUUACAACAACAGUCAUCGUCAUUGUAAUAUCGUUCAUCAUUCUCAAAGAAUUAUUUCAGGUAUACCAAGUUAUUGAUACUUUUAAUUUUUUGUGUGGUAGAUCAUCUGGCAUUAGACAGAUUGCCAUCUUUAUUACCACUAUCAUAUCAUUAUAAUUAUCAUCAUCAUCAUCAUCAUCAUUAUCAUCGUCAUCGUCAUCAUCGUCAUCAUCGUCAUCAUCAUCAUCGUCAUCAUCAUCAUCGUCGUCAUCGUCAUCAUCAUCAUCAUCGUCAUCGUCAUCAUCAUCGUCAUCAUCAUCGUCAUCAUCGUCAUCAUCAUCAUCAUCAUCAUCAUCACCAUCAUCAUUACCAUCAUCGUCACCAUCAUCAAUAUUCAUUAUCACCACCAACGUCACCAGUAGCAUCAUAUAGAGCUACUGAUAAGCAUUUUUAACAAAAUAUUUAAUUUACAUAGUUUGCUUGACGAUUCUCUAACUUCAUUCCAGAUGCAUAUCCAACGUUGGAGAUAUUUCAAACAAGUUUCAAAUUAUUUCAAGUGGACGUUGCAUGUUUGUGUGCUGUACUUUGUGUUCCCAGUGGAGAACAAAAGAACUAAACGUCAGAUUGUGUCAGCUAUCAUAGCCAUCUGUAUAUCCUGGUUUAAUCUCAUCUGGUUCUUGAGACGAGUUCCUGAUAUUGGCACUUACAUUUUGACUUUGCAGAAAGUCUUUAUAACGCUGGUCAAGGUGAAUGCGGUGGCUACUGGCUAAUGACUAAUAAAGCUCUACCAGUUCUAAGCUGUUCUCUCUACCAAUAUCACCAUGAUCAAGUAGUUUUCCGUUUGCCUGAUGUGGAUAUAACUUAAAGAACAUCACCCAAAUUUUACACAUUUAACAAUCUCACAACUUGUCAACAAGAUGUGUUCACAACGGGCUUGUAGCAAGUUGUAACAACGCUGUUAUUUUAUGAGGUUGCUACAAAGAUUGUCGCAAUUUAUUGACAUAUUGUUGAAUUGCAGGACGAUAACAAAUUGUUGGAAGAACUUGUAACAAGUUUGUUGAUUUCAACAACCUUGUAGCAAGUUGUCAACAAGCCGUUGCCAACUUGUCAACAAGCUGGGAAUAGUACAGUCUAGAAAAUCCAUAGUUUAACAAUAGAUCCUUUUCAUUUUCAGAUGCUUUCGCUCAUCGUGUUAUUCUGUAUGGCAUUUGCAUCAAUAUUUUAUCUCCUGUUUGUAAAGGAAAGUAGAUUCGCAAACUUCCCGAUUGCAAUUAUAAGCACAUUCGUGGCAAUGUUGGGAGAUUUCAGCUACGAUCAUUUGUUUGUCGAAGGUGGUCAUGAACAUUUUCAUGAUUUUAAACUUGUUAUGUUCAUCGUGUUUAUUCUACUUAUGGUGGUCCUUGUGAACAACGUCUUGAUUGGCCUGGCUGUUGGCGACACUGAUCGUGUCAUGAGUAUGGCUAAAGUGCAAAGAUUGAGACAGCAGGUAAGUUGGGAAAGACCUGAAGGUCUAGCUUGUAUAGUUAAGAUAAAUUAACCUGACUUCAUUUAUACUGGAUAGCUCUAUAAGCUGUAUUGCCUUCUCUUAGAAAAUGUCAGUAACGAUAUUCCUUACCCGUUCAGUGUCACUGAAGGAUAAAACAUAAACUAAACUGACUUUAUUGAUACUGGACAGCUUUAAUUGUUAUAAACUGUUCUCCCUGGACGUCCAAACAGGAGGAAACCUUAGCUAAACUAAUAUUAUUAGAGUUCUAGUACACACGUAAAAACAGCAAACUUGUAGGAAUGCUGUUUGAACGACUUGUCAACAGGAUGUGUUCGCACUGCUAGUUCCUAGCUUGUUAACAAGUUGUUAAUGGCUUGUUGACAACUUGCUACAAGGUUAUUGAGCUCAACAGAUUUGUUACAAGUUGUUUCAACAACUUGUUAUCGUCCUGCAAUUUGUCAAUUUGUCAACAAGUUGUGAGUGACAAGCUUGCAUGACAAGUGUGUUCCGCUCGCUCACCUAUAACCCCUCUAAAACAAGGCGGCACUGUAGUGAUCUGUAAAGUACUAUUUGAAAUAUAAAUGCUGUCUUUUAGAUGAAAUUUAUAAUGGAAGUUGAAUCAUCACUGUUUAGUAAACUAGCAUGCUUCAAAAGAAAGAAAGAUACGACGCACACAGAGUAUCCUAACCACAAGAAAUCGUGGGCGGACAGUUUCAACCGACUUUUGGCUGGUGAAAUAAACACGUUUUAUAACGAAGAUGAUGAAGGUGAUGAUGAAGGUGUCGAUGAUGUUCUGACACUGCAUAAAAUUGAGGAGAUGAUGCAAACGAGGCUGGAGAAUUAUCAUAAGAAAAUGAUGCAAGACUGUUGA